GACACACAAUGCCUUUUUAAAUCCCCUCAAUAUGUCGGCUUCGCUUGACGGAAAACCAAUGGAAACCGUUCCGGCGGGGCUGUGGAGGACGUGUCCGAGAUAGGAGGCCCAAACUCUGUGGAAGGAGAGCGAUGGGGGAGACGGUGCGGCUCGGGAUGCUGGUGCUGCUGGUGCUGAGCUGCACCGCUGUGCUGCGUUCAGGCACAGCAGGGUGCGGCGAGCGGGUGGAGGUGCACAUGGAGCGCAGGGGUGUUAUCUUUAGCCCCUCCUGGCCUUUGAACUACCCUGUCGGACUCAACUGCAGCUGGACCAUCCAGGCGGGCCGCGGGGAGAUCAUCACCAUCAGUUUCCGUGUGUUUGAUGUUGGCGGGCCGGGAACCUGUGAGUCUGGUGAUUGGCUGCUGAUGACGUCAGCCGAGUGGGGCAGCGGUGCUCAGGAUUCGCAGCGUCUGUGCGGUUCCACGCGGCCGCCACCAUUUAUUACCAGCAGGGGACGCGCUUGGAUCUUCUUUCACUCCAAAGUCAACAGCUCAGGCCAAGCUCAAGGCUUCCACAUGUCCUACAUCAAAGGUCACUUGGGUCAGAGCAGCUGUCAGCCGGACGAGUUCCUGUGCGGUAACGGCAAAUGUGUACCGCAUUCUUGGAAGUGUAACGGCCAGGAUGAGUGCGGCGACGCCACUGACGAGCGAGGAUGUUCACCGCCGCUCACCGAGGCCCCACCGGGCCCAUGCCCACGAGGCACGCUCCCCUGUGCCUCGGGGCGGUCCACCCGCUGCCUAGCCGCCACCCUGCGCUGCGAUCGCUCCCGGGACUGCCCGGACGGCAGCGACGAGCUCGGUUGCCCUGACACCGUGUGCGGAAAACAUCUGGGCCACUUCUACGGCUCCUUCGCAUCGCCCGAUUUUUUCCGCCCCGCUCCGAGGACAGACGCAGAACUGCGCUGCUCGUGGGUGGUGGACACCCGGGACCCGAAACCCAUCCUGCUGCGGCUGGACCUGCGGCUUGGGCCCGGGGAUGCGCUGCACGUGUAUGACGGCACCCUGCACAGGGCUGAAAACCUCCUGCAGGUGCUGUCCUACCAUAACAACCGUCGCCCCACCUUGCUGGAGUCCAGCCGGGGACAGAUGAGCGUCCUCUACACGGCAAAACCGCAAAGUCCUGGACACGGGUUCAAUGCCACCUACCAGGUGAAAGGCUACUGCUUCCCCGGUGAGCGUCCCUGCGGCAGCGAGCAGGGUUGCUUCUCGGAACGUCAGCGCUGCGACGGCUACUGGCAUUGUCCGUCCGGCCGGGACGAGGCAUCAUGUCCGGUGUGUCCUGACGGUGAGUUCCCAUGUGGUGGCGACGCGGCGGGCGCCUGCUAUCCACCGUCAGAGCGCUGCAACAACCAGAAGAGGUGCCUGGAUGGUUCCGACGAGAACAACUGCUACGACUGCCAGCCGGGCAACUUCCACUGCGGCGACAACCUGUGCAUUUUCGAGACGUGGCGGUGCGACGGCCAAGAGGACUGUCCGGACGGCAGCGACGAGCGCGACUGCCCCACGGCAGUGCCACGUAAAGUGAUCACGGCGGCGCUGAUCGGCAGCCUGGUGUGCGGCCUGUUGCUGGUGGUGGCACUUGGCUGCGCCCUCAAGCUGCACGCGUUGCGUGGCCGCGAGUACCGAGCCUUCGAGACGCAGAUGUCGCGCAUGGAGGCAGAGUUUGUACAGAGGGAGGCGCCACCGUCUUAUGGGCAGCUCAUAGCACAGGGACUAAUUCCGCCUGUGGACGACUUCCCCACCUACAAUCCCGCACAGGCCUCUUUGUUACAGAACAUUCGCUUGGCCAUGAGCCGACAACUCAGACGUCACACAAGCCGCCGCUCUUUAGUUUCAUCAUCAUCGCGACGCCGCUUUGGCCACUUGUGGCAUCGCCUGUUCCGCCGCGAAGGCCGCCCCAGAGGUCACGUGCCACUUCUGGACCCACCGGUCAGCACCCACGUCAACCUGGGGCUCCACAGCUACCGAACCGGGGCGCGGAAUGUGGCUGCUGAUCCUGCCCAGGGCAAUUGGGAGGGCACCGACCCAGGGUGCACGUCGGAGAGUCCCGCCUCUCCUCUCUCCUUCCAAUCAGGGACCAGCCCAGAGGGCCCAGCCCUGUCUCCGGAGACGCCCGUUCCGAGUGAAGUGUUAGGGCCGUCCCCUCCUACUGAACCCCAUCCUCACUCUAGAAAACUGGUUCUGGAUCUGGCACUAAACCUGAAAGGGGUUUCACUUAGACGCUACUCCCCGCUUGGGUCUCUCUCACCAGCCAAUUCCCUGCCGACCGCCACCCUGCCCCACCCUCUUGGGAGUGUGCCCCCAUCGUCUUCGUCCUCGGAAGGCGAUGCCAACGGUCGUACGGCUGAGAUGAGAUGCCAGGAGAAGAGGAAGAGGAGGAAAAAGAAGAAGAGGCAGGGCAACGACCCUUUGGGUCAGCAAACAACGCCUUGCUGACGGCUGAUGCCCCUUAAUCCCCCUUAUGUCAAUUCUGAUUUCAAACACCCAGGAGUUUAAUAAAAAACUAUUCAAGCUACUUUAAUAAGAUAAACGUUAACAGGAUGGGACUCCAUGGCCGCCUUUGAGUCGGUACUUACAGUACCUCCAAUAUUCUUUGCUAGCAAGCCAUAAUUGGAGUGUUGAUGUAAUGCUCGUUCUUACGAUAUCUUUGUUUUAUAAUUGCGGAACUCGAUGGACAUUUUUGUCUUGAAGAAAGUUGAUCGAACUAUUUUUGAUUUUGAACUUUGACUGGGCGGAACAGUGGACGACUGGUUAGCGUGUCCGCCUCACAGUUCUGAGGACUGGGGUUCAAAUGCCAGCCCCACUUGUGUGGGGUUUGCAUGUCCCCCCCCCCCCCUUACCUGGGUGUGUUUUCUCCGGGCGCCCCGGUUUCCUCUUACAUCCCCAAAAACAUGCA